AUGGCCGGAAGCCGCCGCCGCCGCCGCGGAAGAGCGCGGGUGCCGCAGCAGGGUGCCGAACCCUUGCCGCCGGAAGACACCGCUCUCAGCUCCAGAGAAGUUACCACUGUAGAGAUGCCGUCUAAGAACACCUGCCCCGCCUCAGCCUCUACCUCCCCACCAUUGUCUGGACCUCAUGUUUGUGCAGAUCUCGUGGACAGCCUGCUUCAUGAAAUUCUGCUUCACGAAAUUAUCGCUCUCUUUAACUCAUUCCAUGACUUCCUUGCUUUCAUUGGCACAUGCCACUCUUGGCGCACUGCAGUCUCUACCUUUCCAUCUGCGCAUACAUUCAGCUUCCCGCCACUUCACUUCAAACCAGAUGGUUCUUAUGUUCAUCCACAUAAUGGCGAUAUCAAGCCCAUCCUUUUAUCUAAUUGCAAAUGGCAGCUCAGUGAUCCUACCAAGAAAGACUUAUCCCUUGCGUGUUCAGUGCCUGAAAAUAGUCCAAAUACAAUGCACUAUUUGGGCUGUUCAUAUGGGUAUCUUAUCUUCUCCUACAAGGAGUACUGCCUCCUUGUCGAUGUGUACACUGGCACCAAGGUGAAUCCCCCUAAACUCCCAGCCAGCAACCAACUUGGAUACUUUUGUGGCAUAGGCAUCCUUACGGCUCCAUUAAUUUCACCCAACUCUCGCCUCCUCCUUUUCUCGAGGGCUUCCAUGUUUGAGUGGCAGGUUGGAACAAACUUCUGGUCCGAGCACCCUCUUGAUAUUGGUCGUGAACGCAUCUAUCAGAUUGUGUCCUUUAAAGAUGAUAUCUUUGUCAUAGAUGCUUUUCUGAGGCUCCACACUAUACACUUGUCACCUCAGUUCAGCAUGCGAGAAGUAGUAAUUCAAUGGGAGUUCCUGCCUAUUAACUCGUGGUUGGUGGUCUGUGGUGACAUGCUUCUCAUGGUUGUUCAAAGCUUAAGCUCCAGCGAAUCAGAUGUCUUAUUCAACUCAACCUUUAAGGUCUAUCGCCUCAAUUUUUCUAUUGAACCGGCAAAGUGGGUGAAGUUAGAGAAGUUGGAAAAUCAUGCGUUGUUUGUUAGUCUUGAUAGGAGGGACCCUACAUUCUGCUGCAUCAGCCCGGAAAGAUGGGGAGGAAAGAGUAACUGCAUUUAUUUUGCGAGGCUAUCUGAUGAUCCUGAUGAGACUUGGACUGCGGUCGAGCUUGGUCAGCCAGUACAAAAAAGAACAGUUCACCCCAUGUUCUAUGGUCGUGCGUCCCCUCCCGACUGCGGUCUACUAAGUAACCUUUGGGUGUUCCCCAGUUUAAUUUAUGGUUCUGGCCAGUAA